AUGGAGGAUUUUAAACAAAGUGUAAACACAUACAGUUCCGAAGGAAGAAUUCAUCAGAUUGAAUACGCCAUGAAGGCGAUGAAUCUAGGAACAACAACAAUAGGUGUGAGAACCAAAGAAUUUGUGAUACUAUGCUCGGAAAAGAAAAUAUUAUCCACCUUACAGAAUCCCAAAAGUGUAGUAAAGCAUUACAAGAUCUAUGAUCAUAUUGUACUUGGGUUCUCAGGGAUAAGUGGAGACACAAAAACUAUUGUGAAGAGGUCACGAGACUUUUGCAUUUCUCAUACGCAUAUGUAUGGGGAAAAUACUAGUGUAGAAAGGCUUUUAAAAUACCUGUCCAGCCUGAGCCUAAGAUUCGGAGAGGAGGAUGAGGCCAAAAUGAUAUUCAGAAGACCUUUUGGUGUUUCCUUGAUUAUAGCAGGGUUUGACACCGAGCCUAGACUUUACUCUUUGGAUCCAUCGGGAUCGUAUGUUAGCUAUAAGGCUAGAGCCAUAGGCUCUGGGCACGAGGUCGUCGAAGGCGUUCUUGAGAACGAAUAUGAAGAAUACAGGGGGCUUGACCAGUCCUUAAGGAAAGCCCUUCAUACCCUAUCAAAGGUAAUGAAGGACAGGAUUAAUAAGGAUAACGUGGAAGUUGCAGUUGUCACUAAGGAAGGAAGUAAGUUCUUAACCCCAGAGGAUAUCUCAGCGUAUCUAUGA